CCUGCAACCUACAAACCCGUCUGCACGCCUCCCCAGCUUCCCAAAGCCUUAUCGAUUACGCAGCUCCCUAAGCUAUACCUAGGAACCCUCACCAUGGCAAUCCAUACCACACCCUCGUCUCCGCCGUCUGGCGGCGUCGCCCUCGACAUCCAAGCCUGGACCGAACAAGCCGCAGCAUCCCUCUCAAACCUCAACCUCUCCGCUCCGACCUUCGUCGCGCAACCUAUCUCGCACCAUGCCGAGCGCCAUGGCCCGUCCCCAGCUGUCCGCGGCACCUCCAUCGCCCUCGACAUCCCCCUCGACACGCCUCAAGAUGCACGCGUCGACUCGACGUACAGGCGUCGCGAGCCACAGCGCCGUGAUAGCAUGGAGCGCCGCGAGGCCCUGCUGAAAGGGAAGGAGGGCAGUCGGCGGAGAAGGAGGUGGGAAAAUGACCGCCUCCUUGGAAACCCCUACCGCGUGCCUCCGACGUCCGCUGACUGGGAAGUGCGCCCGCCCACGCAUCGCACGCCGGUACCAUACUACCUCGCGCCUCUAUGGGACAAUGGCCUCGCCGCGCACGCGGCAGCGCGCAGAGAGCGUAAGGUGAAGAGUACAAGCCAGCACAAACAGGCUGUUAAAGGCGUCCCCGAGGGCGCAAGCCGCGUCCCGAAGGAGUUCAAAGAGAAGAUGAAGAAGAGCAAGGGCGCCAGGGGGCUAUUGCAAGACCUGGAAACCGAGGUGAGGGGAUUCGUGGCGAAGUGCCAGGAGAAUGACGAGGAAGCUGUGACGGACAGUGAAGAGGACGAAGUUGUGUUCGUUGGUAGGGAUGGGGAAAUGCAGGAUCGAACGUGGCGGAGCUUGGAAAGGGAAUAUCUGUUAUUUCAGAGUGCGGCAGAUGAUCAGGGGGCAGCGUUUUGUCGGUACCUUGUACAUCAGAUUGGCUGCUAUUAUGGGCUCAAAACCUGGAGCGUUACGACGGGAAAUCCAGCCAGGCGUGAGGCUUAUGUGGGAUUUGACAUGCAGACUGGGCACGAUUUUGCGGUGCAGGAGCAGCUUCCGCGACCGCUCUACGGUCUGGUGUAAACACAAUCUGCAGAUGGCCUGGACAGCUUGGUCGGCAGUGUUCCAUAUUCCACAAUUCUUUCUUCGAUGUAAAGAUGGCCUAUCGGGCCUUCCAC